CAUAUAAGUUGCCUCCGCCGCCGCCCCUCAUCUUCCCGCCGUCGGACCCUUCUAAAUCCUGCAAAAAUUCUCGGCUUAAAAAGCAUGUCGACUUCGAUUAAGUCUCUAAAAAAAUGCACCGGCCGCCGCUUCAUCUUCAAGACGUUUUCACAAAGAGUUGAGGAAAUUGACAUAGAUGUGUACCGAAGUCUAGACCCAUUGAAAGCUGAACCCUCGGAAGGCUCCUCUUUUUUCCGGGAUUGUCUUAUUGAAUACAGAGAGCUUAACACUGCUAGGGAUUUUAUAUCAUUUUAUGAGGAGUUUUUUCCUCUGGUACAGACACUUCCCCAAAUUAUCUUGCACAAAAAACGGAUUAUGAAAAGCCUUCUGUCUCGAUUAAAUAUGAAAGGGAGACUUUCACUUGAGCCAAUACUAAGGCUGAUUUCUGCUUUAUCUAGAGAUCUCUUGGACGAUUUUACAGAAUUUCUUUCAAAAAUUAUUGAUUCUUUGAAAGUGCUUCUUAAAAGUGGUGCUGAUAAGGAUCCAGAGCUAAUUGAGCAGAUAUUCACAUCAUGGUCAUACAUAAUAAUGUACCUGGAGAAGUAUCUUAUAAUAGAUGUUGGUGAUAUUCUAAGUAUCAUGAUAAAUUUAAGAUACUACCCUAAGGAUUAUGUUCGCGAAUUUAUGGCUGAGUCAGUGUCAUUUUUGCUUAGGAAAGCAUCAAUUGAGCAACUAAAGAGAGGUGUUCAGAAACUUAUGGCUGAAGUUGUUGAGGAACCAUCGGUAGUGAGGAAAUCUGGUGUUAGUGCUCUACUAUCUCAUGCUAUGAGAAUCAUCUCGUCGAGAUUGCACUCGAGGGCCGAGAUAUUGUUACCACUUCUGGUUGAUGAAUCUAUCUUCGCUAUCGAUGGCCAAGACUUUAAAGAUUCAAGACCGGUUCUUGAAGUUCUUAUUCUAACCUUCGAGAGACUUUGUGCGGAGCUAGAUCCAGGCGAACUUUCUUUCAUAUGGAAAUACUUGUCAGAAAAGAUAAUAGAAUCUUUGACAAACGAGAACUCUAUGCACCUGACUCGUCUUUUGGCCCUGCUUACUUCUAUUUUGCAAAAGGAUCAUCUUGGGAAAAUCACAGAUUUUGAACCCUUGGUCAAACUUGUCGACCAGCUUGUGGAAACUUUUGUUGUUUGUCCUCCUACAAUGAAGAAAAUGGACCUACACUCUGAAGUUAUUGAAAAAGUUCUGAAACUAAUGCUUUGUGUCAUUGGUUGUCUCUCUGAUUCUAAGAAUAUGCCUGCUUUGCUGCUGGUUUCUGUACAGUGGGAAUCAGUGUUCAAUAUAAGAAGUCGAAGUUUACUGACUUUCCUUGGAGAUCUUCUCAUGAAGGAUCCCAGUAUUUAUCAUGUCUUUGGAACAAAUAUAAUGUGUGCGUUCGCUAAUUUAAUAGAAAUAUAUGACGAAGAGGUCAUGUAUAUACUGAUGAAGUUCUGUGAGAAAGUGGAAGUGAACAACUGCUGCUUUUGGGAUGGGAAAUCCAAGGAGAAGUUCUCAAGAAUUUUUGUGUUUUUUGAAGAGACUCUUCAUUACUGGAUUGGAGAAAUCAGUAAUUCUGUGGAAGGAAAAUUAUUUCCUGCCCAACAGAAUAAGUUGGCUGUCUUAUGGGCUGUUAUUGGCUGCUAUUAUCAUUUUGCAGAUGUCCAAGAAAUUUCAUCUGUACUAAUGGAGUUGAUAAGUGCAAUUGACAAACUUCUAAUGGUGGAAUCUAAGGCAGGCUUUCAGCAAGAUACUUGGUAUUGCUUACUCGGGGCUGCCUUGCGUUCUUAUAACAAGUUGGUGUCUAGGAGGGGUAUUGAUCCUGAAGAGUCUGCAAUGUUAAAGUUCCUGGAUCUUGCAAAAAGAUAUAAGCUGUCACCUCACGUCUUAUCUUCUGUGGCAGAUAUAUUGGAUUCAGCCUUCUGUGCAUCACCUAGGAAAUGUCAAUUUCGUCUUUCGGAGUCUAUAGCUGGAGAGUCCUUGGAUGCUCUACGCAUAUUCUCUGAAAAUCUGAGCCAUGAGUGCAGAGAGAUCCGCCUUUCAACCCUGCGCAUACUGUGCCAUUAUGAAUCCGUGCAUGAUAAAGAUUCAGCUAAGAAUCAUCCUGUUGAAAAUAAUUCAGAAAUUGAUGAUGUUGAGACGAAUCUAGAGUAUUGCUGCCAUAACAAUGUUCUCAACCUACUCAGAUCUGUUGAAGAGACCGCUCUUUCAGUCGCAACAAGCCGUAGAGUUAUUCUCCUAAUUUCUCAAUUACAGACGAAUCUGAGCGAUCAUAGAGUUGCCGAUGAAUAUAUCUUUGCCGCUUUAAAUGGAAUAUUGGGCAUACUUCAUAACCGAUUUAGCUGUUUCUGGGAUCCAGCUUUAGAGUGCCUCACUGUCCUUGUUGGCCAAUAUUUUGGAAUUGUGUGGGACAGAUUUAUUAAUUAUCUUGAACAGUGUCACUGUGAUUUUCUAGCAUCUCAUUGUCAACAUGACAGAGAUUAUAAUGACUCUGUGGAGGAAUCUGGUUUGGUUGGAUGCUUCAACUCCGAUAUCAUUUUUGUAUUUGACAGUACUCCCUGUGCAACAAUCUUGUCCCUCUUAAUUCAAUCUUUACAGAAAGUUCCUGUAAUAGCUGAAUCUCACUCUCGACAAAUAGUACCUUUGUUUCUUAAAUAUCUGGGUUACAAUGGUGAAGAAGUCACCAGUGUUGAAUCAUAUACACUGGAUCGUAAAGGGAAAGAAUGGAAGGGAGUUCUUAAAGAGUGGUUAAUUUUGUUCAGAUUGAUGCAUAAUCCUAGGUCUAUCUAUCAAGGCCGAUUUCUGAGAGAUGUACUUAUGCAUAGGCUUCUUGACCAAAAUGAUGCUGAUAUACAGACAAAAGUUCUUGACUGCUUACUGAACUGGAAGGAUGACUUUUUACUUGCAUACAGUGAGAAUCUGAAAAAUCUAAUCAAUUCAAAAAAUAUGCGGGAUGUGCUUGCUAGGUGGAGCUUAUCCAGGAUUUCGGUGGAUUCUGUUGAUGAGCGACAUAGAGCUUAUCUUGUGCCUAUAGUAGUACGGAUACUCAUACCAAAAGUUAGAAAUUUGAAGAUGCUUACUACCCAGAAGAAUGCAAAGGCAUAUCGAAAGGCAGUUUUGGGCUUUUUAGCUGAGCUUGAUCUUGACGAGCUUCCUCUUUUCUUCUGGCUAUUAGUUAAGCCCCUGCUGCCUGAUGAAAUGAGCAAAACUUGUUGGGCAUCAUUCAAAAGUCAUCAGUUUGAGGUUGAUGAACCUGAUAUCCUGAAUCUUUUAACAUCAAAUGCCAUAGAAACCCUAUCGUGGAAGAAGAAAUUUGGUUUCCUGCAUGUUGUUGAAGAUAUUUUGGCAGUUUUUGAUGAAUCUCGCAUUAAGCCCUUCCUUAAUAUACUGAUUAACUGUGUUGUCCUCAUAUCAUUGAGCUGCUCAUCAGUUCUUGGCUGUAAAACACGUGAUUCAUCUCCUGUAGAGGACUCGUCUAGCUUAGAUUUGGGGGUGCAUGACAAUGACGCAGUGGAGGAUAAGAACAAGGAGAGAAUGCAAAUCAUGGUGUUGAUGUCCUUGAGCCUUAAGGUCAUAUAUAUUGUUCUUAGUAAAUAUGAUGAUCAUAAUUUUGGAAGUGUGUUUUGGGACGUGUUCUUCUCAUCAGUAAAACCUUUGGUUGCUAAUUUUAAGAAGGAAUGUCAUGAUAGGAAAAAGCCAAGUUCAAUGUUCUAUUGUUUUCUUGCAAUGAGUAAAAGUUACAGACUUGUUCCACUAUUAUCUAAGGUGGAGAAUCUGGUACCCAACAUUUUCUCUAUGCUUAGUGUUCCACUAGCUUCAGAACCCGUCUUGUCUUGUAUCUUGAAGUUCACUAAGAACUUGUUGAAGCUUGAUAAAGCCCUGGAUGGUCCAGAUGUCACAGUCAAAAUAGUAUUACUUCCUCAUCUCGAUAAGCUCAUCAGUGGCUUGCAUUGUAUUUUCAUCAAAGAAAAUGCGACUGAGAGGCGUUUGCUCAAAUUCCUGGAAAAAAGAGAUAUCACCAUCUUUCGCUUGUUGUCAGUGUAUGUGAAGGAACCAUCAGAUGCUAAAUUAUUUAUUGAUAUAUUGCUCCAAUUUCUUACAAAGGAACGCCUCAAUUCUGAUACUUGUGUCCAUGUGUUGGAAAUCAUUGGCAGAGUGGUGACGGUCCUGGACAGUGCAAUAAGUAAAAAGAUUUUGACUUCACUUUCCUCGCUUCUUAUUUCAGCUGAUAUGGAUGUUCGUAUGCAUACAUGCAAUGUCCUUAAUGCUGUUGCUUCCAAUGAUGCUUCUUUGGUACCGUUGGCAAAAAUUCUUUGUAAGCUAUGCAAAGCCGCUGCAGAAGUGAUGAAUGGUCUUGACCAUGAUGGCACUGUCCUCUCUCCUUAUGAGGAGGUUAAUGUGGAGUUCUUUUAUACUAUUGAGGAAAAGCAUGCAUUGUCAAUCCUGGCUCUUGCAGUAAAUGAUAUGUCAUCCGAAGAAACGGUAUUACGGCAAAGUGCAUACCAGUUAUUGCUUUCCUUCGUUGAAUUUUCUGGCAAGAUCCUAAAUGGAUCUCUAGAAUCUAACCAAAUGUGGUCUAGAGCUAGUAUCCGGAAAAUGAUAAACAAUUUUUUGUUGAAACACAUGGGAAAUGCAAUGAACAAGGAAGGCACUCGUAAAAAGAUAUGGAUUGAGUUUCUUUCUGAGAUGGUGCGGAAGCUUCCCAGGGAAGCAAAACUUUAUUCGUAUAGGGCCUUAUGUUGUGAUGAUGUUGAACAAGAUUUCUUCUAUAACAUAGUACACUUGCAGAAACACAGGAGAGCAAGAGCACUAGCUCGUUUUAGCAACUUUGUCAGUUCAGUCUAUCUUUCUAAGGCGAUCACCUACAAAGUGUUUGUCCCACUGCUCUUUAGCAUGCUUUUUAAUGCCCAAGAUGGGAAGGAUGAGAGUAUAAGAAGUGCUUGUGUUAAUGCCCUGGCAUCAAUAUCUGGUUGCAUGAAUUGGGACCAGUACAACGCCUUGCUAGUCAGAUGUUUCCGUUAUAUGGCACUGAAACCAGAUAGGCAAAAAGUUUUGUUGCGACUUGUCUGUGCUAUCCUUGAUCGCUUCCAUUUUCAGGAGACAACUCUGACGAGAAUCACUGUUCAUGACGAACUACUACCUAGCAUACAGGAGACUUUGCAAAAAAAUAUUUUUCCCGAAGUUCAGGAGUUGUUGGCCUCUGCUUCUGACAGUAUUAAUGUUAACAUCUGCCUGGUUGUACUAAAACUUCUAAAAUUUCUCCCCACUGAUAUCAUGUACUCUCAACUUCCAACUGUUGUUCACCGUAUUUCAAACUUCCUAAAAAAUCGGCUCGAAAGUGUACGUGAUGAGGCUAGGUCUGCGCUGUCAGCUUGCUUGAAGGAACUAGGAUUGGAGUAUUUGCAGUUUAUUGUCAACGUCUUGAAGGGCAUACUGAAGAGAGGCUAUGAAUUACACGUGCUAGGAUACACACUCAAUUUCUUGCUGUCUAAGUUCCUCGCGAGUCCCAUCUGCGGAAAGUUGGAUUACUGCUUGGAUGAUCUCCUUAUUGUUGUGCAGAACGAUAUACUUGGGGGUGUUUCUGACGAGAAAGAGGUUGAAAAGAUUGCUUCCAAAAUGAAAGAGACUAGAAAGCAGAAAUCUUAUGAAACUCUGAAAUUGAUUGCCCAGAAUGUCACUUUCAAAACCCAUGCUUUGAAACUUCUUUCCCCUGUUACAGUUAAUCUGCAUAAGCAGUUUGACCAAAAGCUCAAGUUAAAAUUGGAGACCAUGUUAAGACACAUAUCUGCUGGUAUUGAAAGUAAUCCAUCAGUGGAGCAGAAGGAACUGUUCAUAUUUGUGAAUUGCCUCAUUAAAGAUGGCCUCGGAGAUGAAGGUAAUGUACAGGGAUAUGGUUCUAUUUCCUGGGCGGGUUGUAGAGAUGCUGAGAGUAUCCAACCAAUUGAAAGUAACAGAUUAGUGAAUGUCGAUCAGCAAUUUUCUCAUUUGAUAACUGUAUUUGCUCUUGAUGUUCUGCAUAACUACUUGAAGAAACUGAAGCCUAGCGCAGAGGAUGGACAACUUUUAUCAAUGCUUGAUCCUUUUGUAAGUUUAUUGGGUCAAUGUUUGAGCUCAAAGUAUGAACACAUUAUAACCGCAGCAGUUAGGUGCUUUACUCUGAUAGUGCGGUUGCCUUUAUCAUCCCUUCAGUGGCAAGCUGACAAGAUAAAGAAUUCUUUGUUGGUUAUAGCUCAAGGAUCAGUUAAAGUUAACAGUCAGUUGAUAGAGUCCUGUAUGAAGUUGUUGACAACCCUUCUGCGAAGUGAGAGAGUCACAUUUUCUACUGAUCAGUUGCAUAUGCUGAUCCAAUUUCCAUUGUUUGUUGAUUUUGCAAAAAGGCCCUCAUUUGUCGCCCUUUCACUGUUGAAGGCUAUCAUACACCGAAAGCUGGUAGUUAGCGAGAUAUAUGUUCUUGUCCAGAUUGUUGCGGAGAUAAUGGUAAAAACUCAAGAUAAGACCAUUCGUAAAAAGUGUAGUAAAAUUUUUAUUCAGUUUUUACUCGGUUACCAACUUUCUCAGAAGCGCGUACAAGAACAUCUUGAUUUCUUACUUGUAAAUUUGAGUUAUGAACAUUCCAGUGGAAGGGAAGCUGUCCUUGAGAUGCUCUAUACCAUUAUUAUAAAAUUUCCGCAGAAUGUUGUGGAUGCCCAAUCACAAACACUGUUUGUAUAUUUGGUCAAAUCGUUGGCAAAUGACGACGACAGAAAUGUUAGAAAGAUGUCUGCUGCUGCAAUAAAGUGUCUCAUUGGGCAUGUUAGCUCGCAUUCUCUUCACUCAGUACUCGAGUAUAGCCUGUUUUUAUACCUUGGAGGAAAACAGAACCUAUUGGGUGCUGCAGCACAGGUUUUGGGUUUAUUAGUGGAAGUUAUUGGAAAGAAUUUUCAAGUACACCUCAAUAAAGUACUUCCAACAAUGAGAAAAAUUCUUCAGUCUGCACACGUUGCUUUAGCAUCAACUCAACAAGACUUAUCAGAUGUUUUAGUAAUUCCGUUCUGGAAGGAGGCAUAUUAUUCGUUGGUUAUGUUACAGAAGAUCCUAACUCAAUUUCAUAACUUGUUCCUUGAUAAGGAGCUUGAGGAUUUUUGGGAAAUUGUCUGUGAAUUCCUCUUGCAUCCUCAUUUGUGGUUGCGAAACAUAGCAUGCCAGAUUCUGUCUUCUUACUUCACUGCAGUGGCCAAUAGAGAUAAGAGCAAAGUCAGAGCAGAAGCAUUCUAUAUCAUGAAACCGAGCACACUCUUCCAUAUAGCUGUUUCUUUCUGCUGUCAGCUGAAGGUGCCAUCAAAUGAUAAUGAAAAUGGCAAUGUUAUCAAGCAAAACCUCGAGUUCUCAAUUUCUGCACUUCAUGAUUUCUUGAAGAAUAAUGUUUCUAAUUUCUGGUCGAGUCUUGAUAGUGCCGAGCAAGAACGCUUCCUUAAAGCUUUUGAUAUUCUCGAUCCAAGAAAAGGGAAGAGGAUGCUUCAAUCUUUUAUUUCUGAGGGUGGUGUUCAACAUGAUGAAAACGAGCAUCCAUUUAUUUCCUAUUUUCUCCAGAGAUUGGGGAAGCUUACCUUUCAGAUGGAGGCCAAACAGAUGAAAAUUGUGUUCGAGUUUUACAAAGCAAUAUCACCAAAACUACUCCAUUUUUGGGAGAAAUCUUCACCUGCAAGCUUUGAUGAUGUCCGUAGUUUUGCGUAUCAACUGUUAUUGCCGUUGUACAGAGUCUGCGAAGGUUUCACUGGACAAGUUAUUUCUGAUGAUCUGACACAACAAGCGCAAGAGGUCCGGGAUGGCAUUAGAGGCAUCAUCGGAGAGCAUAAAUUUGUUCAAGUUUACAGACAAAUACGCAAUAAUAUCAAGGAGAAGCGCGACAAAAGGAAACAAGCAGAGAAGGUGAUGGCUGUUGUGAAUCCGAUGCGCAAUGCCAAGAGGAAGCGCAAGAUAGCUGACAAACAUCAAGCUCACAAGAAAAGAAAAAUGAUAACCAUGAAAAUGGGUAGAUGGGUGCAUUGAGAUGGCCACUUUUGGUUAUUAGCUUAAUUUAGUUUUUAUUUUCUUACUUUGUGUUAUGUUGUUUGCCAAUACUUGUGUCAUCAAGAAUAUAUGGAAAGAUAUGCUAAAUCAAUACUAAACUAAAUAAGAGAGAUUUGGGAAUA